GUUAACUUCUACUUCGUGUGCGGCGCCCGUGAGCUGAAGACGGCUAUUUGCACCGAGCUCAAAAGACUGUAUGAUAAUACUGACUUAUAUAAGUAGCGGAACAUAGGAUUUUUUACUUUGCUUUAUUGUGUGUACUAUUAUUCCGCACAACAUAAGCCAGCCCUCUCAUGUUGUGAGCGGCUGAUGGGGUCAGUCACCUGCCUUGUCCCCAUGUCUCGCGAACACACGUAGGAGUGUUCUGUAUUAAGCGCCAAUUCUUCGUUGUGAGUAGGAGGCUGGGCUCGAAAUGAUGACGCUGCAUCGGGCAGUGUCCGAGACCACCUUCACGGCUGACAGCGUGGUGACCACCACCACCACCAGCGGACCGGACCUCGACUCCUCCGCCGCCGCCGACCGUUGCUACCGGACGCUACCUUCUACGCCAAAGUCCUCCACGUCUUUCAGGUUUCUCCGACCCCCUUCCUACACGCAACCCCGUGGCCUGCUAGACAAAACUGUGUCUGAUCAGACGUUCCUCACGUGUUCCUCUUACACCGGCCUGUCGAGAACUGCCUGGGCUUCCAACGAUUCUUUCGAAGGCCGAUGUCGGUCCCGUCAUAACUCCGAGCGGAGCGGGGACAGACCGCCGGUGAGUCCGACCUCUAAGAGUGCUGGGAGUGGCAGCAGAGGUUUCGGCGGGACUCGUUCUUCUCCCCACGACAACCGACGCCACCGGCACCACCGCCAGGAAGCGAAUGAGAGGCCGUCUUUGGACAGCGUAGCGGCAAAGGAUAGAAGACUCUCUUCCAGUCUAUCUCACAGCAGUAGCGGCCAGGGCUGGAGCAAAGACUCGUCGUCCUCGCCUAACCGUCUGAAAAACGCCGUGAACAAAAACAACCACAGUAGCAAUAAUGUCGUGAACAAACACUCCAGCCCCGUUGUUUCGAAUGGUUCGGCAGUGACGCCCCUUUCGCGAAAAGGCAAAUCGGACAGCAAUAAUACUCAUAGUCACGACCACAGUCGUAACGCCAGCAAUCAAAACAAUCACCACAGCAAUCAUCAGAGCAAUCAUAGGCACAGCCAGCCUCCGAACUCGUUCAGCCCGCCUGAAAAAGAAUCGAGGAACACCGGUGAGAUCCGGCUAGAGGUCCCGCCCCACAUGCCCCGCUCCACAGGGCGCACCGCCGCGCGGCAGCUGGAAAAGAGCCAGAAGCAACAGCAGAAGCACGCGGACCGCCAGGCUCUGCGCAGCUUCAGCGGUGGCGGCGGCGGCGGCGACUGGGCAACGUCCCAGACACCCUUGCAAUCUGCGCGUUCUAUGCCAGGUCUGAACGAGACUAGUGGCAAGGCGGCGAAAAGACGCUUCUCAGAAGACAGGGCACAGAAACAGAGCAAAGCUUGUGGGUUGUGGUUCCUGUUUAGGCGAAAGAAGAAGAAGGAUAAGGAGAACGAUAGCACCCCGUGGCAUUCGCCGGCCGUCCCUCUUCAACCUCAUCGCGGGAACCGCUCGCCAUCGCCAGACGGUCGCUCGGGAAACCGCCGCGGCGACUCGCGUGGGCGUUCAGCGACAGUCGGGUCUUCCUCCCUCAACGAGCCUCCUUCACCGACCUCCUUGAGGGCGUUUAGGACUCCUGUUACUCAAUCCCAAUACUCGUCCUCCCACCACCCGCGCUCCGAGCGACUCUACCAGCCCGCGGUGACAAGUUCUCGCCACGCGCAAGACUCUCGAGAAAACGUCGCCGACCCCAACCACUCUCAUUCUCACCAAAAUCAUCAGCCACAAAGACUUGCCCCCCACACGCCUUUGUCCAGGACUCAGUCCGACGACCGCGCGUUGAAAGCGGAGCGCGCCACCGCCGGUUCCCCAUCUCCACACGCCAACAAGCGCUCGGUCGCCAAAGCGAUAAGCGCGCCUUCAAACUCUGCGCCUGCGCGUAGACCUUCGCGGUCGGAGACGUCCACGCCAAACCCGAAGGGCGGAGCGGUGAGCGGCGGCGUCAGCGGCUACGGGUCGGCGUCCAACCUCAGGGAUUCUGUGGGCUGCAACACCAACAACGGUUCCAGCCAGUUCUUGCUGCAGCGCGAGAAGUCUUCGCACAGCGCCAGCCGCACCGACCUCGAGGACGAGUCUCAGCAGGGUCACGGUCAGUGCGCCGCUGACCAGCACAACACCACCAACGGCUCGGCCGGCGGCUUGUCAAGGUCCCAGUCUUUUCCCAGCUACGCAGAGCGGCGACCGUCCUCAUAUCUCGCAGACACCAAAGUCCUCACCGACGCGGAGGACUUCGAGUUCCGACCCUCCCCCAACAUGGCGGGCCCUCUACACUUGUCCCUGUGUGGCUGCGGCUUCCUCGGGAUGUACCACCUGGGCGUGGUCUCCAGUCUCGUGCAGAGGGGCGGGCCCUUCCUGGCGCGCGUGGAUAAAGUGGGCGGGGCAUCUGCCGGUGCGCUGAUGGCUGCUUUGCUGGUGACCGCCGGAGACAAGAUUGAGAAUGAUAGUGACCCUGAAAAAGAGAAAGAAAACGUAUCCUAUUCGUCCCCCUUCAUCCCCUGUUAUUUCCCUCUCCACACACAGGCCCUGAUUGCGUCAUGCUAUAUCCCCGUGUAUGCUGGGGUCAAGCUACCGGCUCUCAGAGGAAAGAAGUACAUUGACGGUGGUCUGUCCGACAAUUUGCCUCGGUUUGAGGGUGGCAAAACGAUCACUGUGUCUCCCUUUGACGGCAAGGCAGACAUCUGCCCCAAGCGAGGACAAGAGACAGAGAAGAAGGCGCACUUUAUCAAUCUCCACAAUCAGGAUAUACAGGUUAACGUGAAGAACAUUAAGCGAGGGUCUCACGCAUUUUUCCCUCCUCGCCGAGGCGUGCUGCAGGAUUACUUUGUCAAGGGACGCUUUGACGCCAGCCGCUUCCUGAUCCGCGAGGGUCUUUACGAGAUUAACGUCCAUCAGCAGAAGAAAGCGGUGCUCUACGAGUCUUCUGUGUGAUUGUUCCGUAUGUUUCUGUUCCUUCAAUGUGUGAAUGUUUUUUGUAAAAACAGUCGAAAUUGUCCUAAGAUGGUGGCCAACCACUUUUGAUGAGAAAAGUGGUUGUCUUAGACAGGUGGAUGGAUGUCUUGGACAAUGCCAUUAUAACAUGACAAAGGCAGAAGGGUGGAAGUGGGAAGUGGUUGUUCAUACAAGUGGUUGUCUUGGACAGAUGGCCAGCCAUCAAAGUAGGGUAAAAAGACUGUAUGUGUUGUUUCUGUGGUUUGAAGACUGUGUGUGUAAACGUGUGUUUUUCCAUUUGUGAAUCUUUAUGUGAGUGUUCAUUUCUUCUUAUGAUUAAUCACUUAUGUGAAGAAGUGUUUGGGAAGUGUAAAUGUGAGUUAAAGUGUUAAGGUUUUUCAUUUGUGAAGGUCCAUUUGGACACAUGUCUGGGAAAGUGUCAAUAAUAUGUUUCAGAUUUUAUGAAUGUAUAUUUUUGGAAGCAUGAAAGUUUUGUAAAUGUAUAUUUCAAAAGUUUUAUGGUGUUGCAUGAGUGUAUAAAGUGUAUCUAUUAGAUCAAAACAGCAUCACAUAAUUUGUGUGCCUUACUUCAUUUGUAAAAAGCCAAGACAGUUCUACUAACCAUUUAUGUCGUGGAAGAAAGACUUGAGUUAUAAUAUUGCAUUGUAGAUUCUGGACUGUACAGCUUGUAUAUUUGUACCAACAAAAAAGAAGCAUGCUUCCAAGUCAUUUCCUUUCAGUUGUAUAAUUCUUUUUUACGCAUUCAUUCCUUCCUUUCCUGAGCUCACAGUUUUCCUGUGUUCAUGUGUUUUAUUACAGCUCAAGUGAGUCCAGUUGUAGUUCUGCUUUACAUUGUGUUGUCACUUAUAGCCAAAAUCAUUAUGCCAAGGUUGUGAAAUGUGUGUGAAGAAUUAAUGAUACCUUGGGCUCUAUCAUAUGUUUCCAUUGUUUGAAAUAUUUCUGCUUAUGUUAAGAUCUGUAUUUUAAAAAAAAUUGUAGUCACUAACAACUAUUUACACAAAUUUAUAUCACUUUGAGGCCCCUCUUCCGAGCCUUACAGGAAGACCUAUUGAACUGAGCUCCUUGUGGUCAGCUGCUAGAUUUGGCCCAAAAUAUGUUUAGUCAUAUUUUUUAUGCAAAGAGGGAUAAAGGCAGAUAUUUCCCUCGGAUAGGGUCAUGGGUCCAUAGGGCUAAAAGACUAAUAGGAACGUGUUAUGAGUGUGCUGAGUGUGUGUUGUGAAUUAUGUCUGAUACAGUCUGUGUUUUUUGUACUAUCAGAUGUGACUUCUAAAAAAAAGUACUUAUUUUUUAGACUUCAUUUUCUUACAUGUUCCUGAACGUGGCGUUCUUUUCUACAUAUGUUAUAUCUUUUGAAAAGUUUGUCUUUUUUUUUCUGUGUGUUGUAAUUUCAAUAAUUCCUUUGAUCGGGCACAUGACUUUGAAUAAUUUCCCUGAAAAAAAAAAAUGAAAUGAUAAAACUGAAGAGAUUUGAGGAAGGAUUGAAGUAGGUCUAACUUCUCACGCUGGUAUUACUUGAGAGGAGUGACACAGCUUGCUCAUGUUAACCUGUUCCAAAGUUCAAGAGGGGGUGCUUAGUACCUUUCUUACCGUUUUGAAGAAGUAACUUACACAGCCUCUUAACACACGGCCUUGGGUUACAGCUCCGCUCCGCUUCUUAUCUCAGCUCAACAACUUACUUGACGCUGCUUCAUGCAAAGCGAUGCUAACUGGAUCCGGAUGAUAGCCAAAAUUAGAAAGAAUUUUCAAAAACCUCGUAACAUUUUUGUCAGACACACAGAUCGCUUAUCUUCCAUUUAGUGCAAAUAGAAGUUAUUAUUCCCUGUGUGUAACUUUUAUUUUUUGGUGUUUUCCUGCAUUGGGCAGGUGAUAUUGUCCUAUUUUGUCCUCAAGAUAAAGAACUUUGAGGUUCUUGAGAAAUCUAUGUGCUCUGCCGGAGGUUCAUGUUGUCUCCCACUCGAAGCUCUUCAAAUAGAUAACACAUCUUCUGUAGUCUGACCCUUCAGUAGAUAAAGCUUGAUAAUUGAUAGAAGCAUUUGCUUCCAUCUGUUUAUUUACUCCUUUUAAGUCUCUUUCUAAAAGAAAUUCGCAUCUGUGGUGUAGGUAUAUUAGGCGCUUUGCCAUCGCUCAUUGAAGGCCCGAGUUUCAUUCCAGUCUGGGGAGAAUUUUAAUUUGAUUAUCUCAGCGUUCUGCUGGGAUAUUGUAUCCCUUUCAACUUGGGUUGGCCAUGACAAGCAGGGUCACAGCCAACCUCCUAAAUGAUCUGAAUUGUAUGGAUGGGGCACACAAAAAAUCCAACAUAAAAAAAGAAGUUACAAGCGCUAUACAACUCUCACUAAACUCAAAGUUGUUUAUCUGAAAGAUGCCAUACUAAUCUUCUAGUAAUAUCAAAUACAGCAAAUAUCUUUACAAGAUAAGCUGCCUCCCGUUACAACACCCCCCCCCCCCAACCCUCCCCCAAUGCUGAAAACAAAAAUGUUUGAUAGUCUCUUAUGUGUGUGUGUUUAGAUAACCUAAUUUUUGUGUGUGUGUGCUUGCAUGAGUGAAUGUUCAAUCUCAAGGUGUGUAAGUAUGUAUAAACAUGUGUUUAUGAGUGUGCAUGUGUGUUUACGUUUGCAUUUGUGUACAUAUGCAGAUGUGUUCAUGUUUUGUUCUUGCGUGAACUGUGUGUGUAUGUUUUUGUGCUGAUGUUUACAGAUUCACUUGUGUGUGUUUCGUUUUUGUGCAUUCUGUCCCCAAUGACACUUGUUAUCUCUCCGGCUUCUUCACAAGGCUAUCUUUGAGUAGGCUUCAACGAUCUUUUCAGCUUGUCUUUUCUCUUUUUGUACAUACUUACGUUGUUUUUUGGGGGGGGUUUAUUUUCAUCUCUUGAAUGGCAGCAACAUUUUGUCAUACAAAAGCUGUAUCUUCACGAUGGCUUAUCUUAAGAACUUUUCUUUGUGAGUGAUCAGGUAUCCAGUGUGUGGCGUCCUUUUUUGCUCUGACUCGAGUAAGAAUGUCCUUUACAGCCGGAUAGUGGUAGAUCGUAUUUUUCAACUCGGCCUCAGUUGUUUUUGUUUAUCAAUCUUGCCUUUCCCUAGCACUAAAUGGCUGUUAUCAUGUUGGUGUGCUUUUGUGUGCUCGCUCAAAAACUACAGUUAUUCAAAGAAACUUUCGUCUUCACUCUUGUGCUCAUAGAGACACAUAAAUCACUUUUUGUAUGUUAAGUGAAGAGCUGAGUUGUUCUAAGGUCUUCCAGUGAUCUAACGACAAUGUAUAAAGCUGUUGACUCUUUGUGCUGCAUUUGUUCUGUGUUGACUAAAAUGAAACAAUAUGCAUACAACAUUCGCACAACAGUUUUCUGCUGAAACACUGUAUGGUAUUUUCGAUUUUGUUUCGAUCGUGCCCUGUUGUCUAGGAGUGAGGUUUAUGUGGUCAAUGAUAAUAAAGAUGGCAGGGUUAAAGUAAAGUUAAGCUCUUUAAAUGGAAUCACCUUGACCUAGUAUACUUUCGGGUUCUUCACAUUCUGAGGGGGCUCUAUUUAGGUCGCCGUGAGUACGUGUCGGAAGAAGAUGCGCUUGAAAUUGUUUUGAAGAACGGGUGAUCAAAAUUCACUUUUUUCGCCUUGUUCGUUACGAGCUUUCUUUUUUAAGCAGGUUUGUGGAAGGUUUUGGUUCCUUCUGUUGGUUCUUCUGUAUUUCUUGCUUUUCCCCCUUUCAAAACACGGUACGUAUUGGGUUGAUGUGCGUUUCGUCACUCAAAUGAAGAAAAAGAGUUAUUCUUUAGAAUGCGAACUGCUAUCUAGAAUUUGGCCACGUUAUCACUCCUAGACAGGGCUAAUACAUAUCGCAACACCCAAUUCAGAAACACGUUUUGUAAGAAGGUGAUAAUUUGAAGAGCUAAGUGAACCUGUGGGGGGAAAAAGAAUCAGUGGCAGAAGUUAUAUAUUUCGAGUGUAUUCUGAAGACGUCCACUGUCAUGACCCUGAAAUACUGCUUCUGCUGUCCAAAUAUUUGUUUAUUUAAAUCCCUCAGUUUGCAGACUGGUUGUUUUGUUUUUUUACAAGUCAAAUUGUUAGAAAUUGUCCCCUUUUGUUUAUUUUGUUGACCGUGCUCUGAUAUGUUACAAUAAUUUACACAAGAUUUCUUCCUUCCUUGAAGAACUACCUCUGUAAGUGUAAGGUAACCAUACUGCCGUCUCAUGACAGAAAAACGUUUAUAUUUAAAUGAAAUUUUACAAGAGAGGCAAAAACUUACUUUUUGUAUGUGUUUAAACUUCACCUACAUAAUUUGGUGGGUCUGAUUAUUUUAUGUCAGUAUUCAUUGCCCAGGGUAAAUUUGGUCUAAUUUGCUGAGAUAUAGAGUAAAUAGUUAUGGAGUAACUGCUAAAAACUUUUUCUGUCGUAGCAUUAUUGAUAUCUAAUUAGGUCACAACGCAUAUUUUCAAAAGCCGGAAACUUCCUUGAUUUUAAUUGUACAGCCAUAAAAUCAAGAUAGAAAGAAGCGCUGUGAAAAGGUAUUUCUCCCCUGUAUAAAAACGAUACUUGACCUAAUUACAUUUUUUGGUCAUAAGACGGCAGCAUAGGUUGUGUAAGUGAUUGGUUGGUACGAGUUACUUUGAUGGAAAGGAAUGUGACAGCAUUAAAAGCAUAUGGAGCAGCAUUACUUUCUUCUUCAUAUAUGUGUCAAACGAUUAUAACCUUUUCUUCAAUGAGGACUGUUGUUUAUGGAGAAAGUGGAUGGGGUUUUUUUUCCUGUCAUAUUAUGAUUUGGGAAUUUAUGUAUUUUUCCCUUUGCUUUUGUUUUUCUUUACGAUUUCCCUGAUCGCCGCCACCCCAAACCUUCCCAUGUGGGUUUACUGUAAAUGUGUAAUAAAGUCACAUUUCGUUUUCGGCUUGCGAUUUGCAUUUAGCUAUUAGUUUGUAUUAGCGUGGGGGGGUGAAUAACUCCUUAAAUUCCUUCAAGAUUGGCAGGAAGGAGCGUUGUUGUUUCCCUUUAGCUGAAUAAGCAACGUACAGACAUCAAAUUCUGCUGCUGUAGCAGUUUCGUUCUCAGGAAAAAAUGAAAAGAUAACCUGUAACUGAUUUCAACUAUAUAUAAUUAAAUGUUGUACGGUGUCUGUCUCUGUCCGAGGUAUGCGUCUUUUACCCACCUAUGAGUGUAAAUUAAAAGUGAGAUGUUUUUCAAGGGUAAAUAUUACUAUAAUAAUACCUAAACUUUUUUAGGAAGUAGUGGACACUUUUAUUGUCCAAUCUGCAGCAGAUCCAAGUUGUGGCACACUACAACACUAUUAUAUGCAUAAUCAGAAACAAGAAUUUGCAUAUUGGUUUGGCAGUUGUUGCCUGCCUUUUAAAAUCUUGGACAAAAAAAAUAAUUGAAAAAUGUGGAUGAAAAAUAAAUCCUUCGAUUUGCUAUGGUGCCUCCAAACGCUGCCGUUUCAAACAUUGAGACCAACAAGAAUGCACAUCCUCAAUGAGUUAAGAUGAAGUCAAAAAUUCCAAUGUGUCAGUCAUUUCGAUUUACUUGUCCCAACGCUAGCGGUGGUAUGUGGCAUACCUUGUCGUUCAAUUGAUUUUUUCACUUUGUUUCAGUUAUUUAUGUUGUAUAAAUGUGCGUCCUUCAUCGGUGUUUAUCUAGAUCCUGCCUCUUGUUGAUGGGCAGUUUUGAGAGUGAUAAAUGUUAAAAGUUUUCAGUUGAUCUGGCCAUUACGAAUUAUUCGCCAACUCUCUCACCAUGUUUUUUACAGGUCUGUGUUUUAGUGAUUAAGGACAUCGUACCAUGGUGGACAUCAAUGAUGAGAGUAAUUUGAGUUUGUGGCAUAGUUUUCUGCUAGAGAAUGUUUAAAAAACACUUGGACAUGAUUCACGUCAAAUGCACAGAAAUAAAUAUCUUUGAUGCAUGCAAUCUACUUUCUCGAAGAUGUGGUCGGUUAAGGAGUGUCAUAUUCACGAAUGAGAUUAUUUUCUGUGUAAUGGUGCAAUAGUUUUCAGUAAGGAAGACUGCCAGGAAAUUAUUCCCGUCUUACACUCAGAAAUAAAUGUCUAAUCCAUUCCAUUUACCAGAAAAUGCAUUCAGUGAAUCACUGUCAUAUUUCUUACUAUACUAUUGUCUUUUCUUUUGCUUCGAGAUAUUCUUUCUUAUGUGUCUUUUAUUUUUUUUAAAAAUUGUAUUUGUGUCUUACUUUCAUUUCUAUCCGUACAAAACCAUUGUCAGUUCUAAGUAUCUUGUUUUUCAGUAUUUGUUGAUUUUGAUGUGUAUGAAUGAAAGACAAACUGUUAAUUACUUUUCUCACAUAUCAUCCAGUCAACCCAUUUGCUUUCAUAUGUCAUCCCUUUUCAUUUUGCUGAUGUACAUAUGAACCUAGCAAUCGAUUUGUGUAAAUACACUUAAGAUCACUCAAAUACUACGAUACUGAUAAAACUGAUGUUGUAUAAUAGAAAUAUUUUGAUGCACGAAUAAUGCUAACGUGAAAAUAAAAAUAAAAUUAUUUUAUAUCUACCG